AUGUCCAAGACCAAAGAGCCCCAGACACACAGCAUAUCCAGCAGGCAGCAAUGUCCGCAGGGCAAGGGGCUGGAGAGCAUAGAGCCUCUGGUGCGUUCUGUGGAGGAAACCCCUGAUCCCAUCCCCACCACCAUCAAGGGAACUAUGCCAACUUGGAUCAAUGGGAGCUUCCUGAGGAAUGGUCCUGGGAAGUUUGAAUUUGGGAAAGACAGAUACACCCACUGGUUUGACGGCAUGGCCAUGAUGCACCGCUUCCACAUCUGUGAGGGCAAUGUCACCUACAGCAGCCGAUUCCUGCGAAGUGACUCAUACGUCCUCAACUCAGAGAAGAACCGCAUCGUGGUGUCAGAGUUCGGGACAUUAGCCAUGCCUGAUCCCUGCAAGAACAUCUUUGCACGCUUCUUUUCACGCUUUCAAGUUCCUAAGGCCACAGAUAACGCCAGUGUGAACUUUGUCAAGUACAAGGGAGACUAUUAUGUCAGCACAGAAACCAACUACAUGAGACGAGUAGAUCCUCAGAGCCUGGAGACGAAGGAGAAGGUGGACUGGACUCAAUACAUCGCUGUCAACUCAGCUACAGCUCACCCACACUAUGACCGUGAGGGAGCCACAUACAAUAUGGGCAACUCCUACGGAAAAAGCGGUUUCUUCUACAACAUCAUCCGCGUGCCUCCUCCUGAUGAGAAAGCAGCAGCGGAGGACUCUGCAGAUCUGUAUGGAGCCAAAGUGAUCUGCUCCAUCCGUGCAGCUGAGCCCAGGAAGCCUUCCUACUAUCACAGCUUUGUCAUGUCGGAGAACUACUUUGUGUUCAUUGAGCAGCCGAUCAAGCUGGACCUGCUGAAGUUCAUGCUCUACAGAAUCCAGGGAAAGAGCUUUCAUAAAGUCAUGACCUGGGAGCCUCAGUAUGAAACCAUCUUCCACUUGGUGAACAGGCACACUGGCAAGGAGAGUGAGGUGAAGUACCGCGGAGCACCCAUGUUCACACUGCAUCAGAUCAAUGCUUUCGAAGACGACGGGUUCUUGGUUAUGGACAUGUGCUGUGGGGACGAUGGUGAGGUCAUUGGAGACUUCACACUGGAGAACCUCAGGAGAGACUCGGGAGAGGAAAUGGACAAGUUUUACAACUCGUUGUGCAGAAACCUCCCAAGGAGAUAUGUCCUACCCCUGACUGUGGACGAACAAACUCCUUUGGACCAAAACCUUGUCACUCUGCAGAACUAUAAAGCCACAGCAAAGAAAACAAAAGCCAAAGAGGUUUACAUGACCCACGAGGAACUUUACGAUGACGAGCUGCUGCAGUACGGCGGCCUUGAGUUCCCUCAGAUCAACUAUGACCAGUACAACGGAAGACCCUACCGCUAUUUCUACUCCUGUGGCUUUGGACACUGCUUCAGUGACUCCCUGCUCAAAAUGGAUGUCCACACUAAGGAGCUUAAGGUGUGGCGUUAUCCCGGCUUGUACCCGUCUGAGCCUGUCUUUGUUGCAUCGCCCAAAGCUACUGACGAAGAUGAUGGAGUUGUCUUGUCAGUCAUCAUCACACCCAGAGAAGAGAAAAGUACUUUCCUGCUCGUUCUGGAUGCAAAGACCUUCACUGAGCUAGGCAGAGCAGAGGUCCCUGUCAAUGUCCCAUACGGGACCCACGGCGUGUUUAACAUGAUGGGCUAG